AUGCCCUCGGCAUCCAAGAGCAAGGGAAAGGGUCGCGAUCCUCGCCAGUCGCGCAGUCGCAACACCACCCCAUCUACCUCCGUUAGCAUGUCCACCACAUCCGCACCAGCUCCUCCAGCGCGGAAAUACCUCGAAAAUGAUGUCUCGAAUCUUAUUGGAAUUGCACAAGAACAAUAUGCUAAUGUUCUGGACCUUGUUGGCGGGCCCAACAUUCCAGAAUCAAGAACACUCGAGAGUCUCGUCGAACACUUGAAGAACCUAAGUGAUAUGGCUGAUGCUCGCGGCGAAGUUUGCAAUGCCGGGAUGCGCGAAAUGUCACAGAAGAGAAAAAAUGUGCUGGAAGAUCAAGACCUCGACCGCGAGAAUGGCGAGCGUAAAAAAUUGAAACGAGAAACCGAGGACGACGACGAUCCGGUGCACAAGGGCAAGCUCAAAAAGCGCAAAGAGCGAUCAAGCGCAAAGGAAGAAAGGCCACUGAGCCACGGUGCCCACGGCGUGGCUCGGCAAGAUGGCGCCGAAACCAGAGUUGAAGGAGCGAUUUCGCCAUUGUCUAAGCAUGCCAAAAAACAAGGCUCCGCGGACAGUUCCUCCCUAUCACCUCCAGCCAUGCUUUCGCCCAAUGGCGCAGCGACCGGGGCCAACGAUGCCGCAGAUGCUGGAUCCGACUCAGAUUCUAGUGACGAUUCUCACCAACCCGAGCCCCAGCCAGCAAUUCCCCAGAUCCAGGUGUUUGGAGACAACCCGCUCAAAUUCGAUGAUCCGACCGUGUACCAUAUUCGCGAUGUGACACCGGACAUGGGAGAUGAUGAGAAGAAAGAGAUCUACAGCGUUGCCAGCUUUCCCAAGAGCGACCUUGCUCACAUGUUGGCUGGAGUUCCACCAGACAAGGACUUCAGCAACGCUAAGCCAUCCAACCAAGUCAGCGCGAAUACCUUCCUCACAUGGGUAGAGCCAUAUGUACGAGCUCUGACAGAGGAGGACAUUGCAUGGUUGAAAGAACGAGGUGACCGGAUGGGUCCAUUCAUCAUACCACGCCGUGGAAAGAAGAACUAUCGUCAGAUCUGGGCUGAGGAGGAUGGGGUCACGUACGACCCGAAUUCAGACGAUAAAGAUCAGCUCCCUUUAAAUCAGGGUCGCGGAAAUAUCGACCAGCUGACGGAUGACAAGACCGACACUAAUGAGGUAUCUGUUGGGCCACUUCUCAGCCGCUUGAUCUCCUUAUUACGCUACGAGCACCGCACCCUGCCGGAAGAGAGCAACAACUCCAUCAAUGGUGACGUGCCCGCUUCCGAGGGCUUGAACGGCGACGCGAUGGAAUUUGACCAACCUACUGGAAACACGGACAACAGAUCCUCUUCAGAGAGCAAGCCUUUACCCGCGGCGACCACUUUUCGAGACUCGUCCCCGACUGGCUUCAAACAAUCCGUUGCGAAACUGGAUCACGCUCAGCUCGAUGAGCGUGCCAAAGCCGAGCUGCGGUAUAUUGGCUUCCUUGGCGCCGACGACAAUCCUGAAUACGACGCACACUAUGACGAUGAGGUAGCCGAGCGUCUCCGUCUUUUGCAAAACGAGCUCAAGAAGCAGGUAGUCACAAACAAUGCCAGAAAGGCACGUGUAUUGAAAAUCGCGCAAGAGCACAUGGCUCUUCUCGAAUUCUCUACCAUCCAGGACGACUUGGACUCUCAGGUCCAGCAGGCCUAUCUCAAGCGUACACGCACCAUGGGCAAGAGCAAGAAGGGUUCACAGGGCAAGAACCGUCCUGGCGCCGGCGGUGCCGCUGCUGGGGUCUCACGCCCGGCUGUUGGCGAUGCUGCCAAAAUUGUUAUGGACCGAAGGAAGCGCUGGAACGAGGCAUUCCUUCCCAUCUUCGAAGAUAUCAAAACCACAAUCCCGUCCGCCGAUGAGAGUAUAUUCGAUGCGGAAAUCAUGGCUGAUUAUGAAAAGGCUGAGCUUGAAGCAUGGGAGGACGACCAGUAA